AUGUCGCGUUGUCGGCAUGUCGGGAUGCGGCGCUGUCUGAGGCAGGGUGUGGGUAUGCAUCCACCGUUUCAAGUUGUGGGCGAGCGUAGAUGCAUGCACUCGAUACCAUGGCUGCAGCAGCAUAAUGCCAGCAUUCCUCCGGCUCCGACAAGCGCACGGAGCCGCCCGCUCGCGGCGGGAGAGCGGGUGUGCGUUGCUGGCGGGGGUGUGACGGCAUCGUGUCAUGUGGGGCGUGCGCGUGACACCGCCCCGGCCGCUUCUCUUCUCUUCUCCACACACGCCAUGUGGCUCGCCCUGGCCCUGCCGCUGGGGCCCUUAUAUACGGCCCUCGCGUGGGCGGAGCGGUUCCCCACCGCCAUGAAGCUCUCGCCCGCCGCUGCCGUCGCUGCUUCCGCUGCCGCUGUGCUCCCCGUUGCGUGGGGAGCGUGCCCGGAUUACACGAGCUAUUCCCAGAAAGCACAGGGCAACCCGUCCAGCGGCCCGCUCAAGCUGCCCUUCAUGCGGCCCAGCCCCGAAUGUAGGACGUUCAACAGCUCCGCCGUCGAGAAAGUCGUCGCGGACAUGACCGCGCGCCUGAAGGACCCCGAUAUCGCGCGCCUCUUCGAGAACACGUUCCCCAACACGCUCGACACGACUGUGCGGUACUACAACCCCACCCAAAACCUCGCGUUUAUCAUCACCGGUGACAUCACCGCCCAAUGGCUGCGCGACACGGCGAACCAGUUUGCGGUCUACUUCCCGCUGCUCGCCGCGGACAAGGACCUCGCGACACUCGUCCGCGCGGUGAUCCACAACGAGGCGCGCUACGUCGCCGAAUAUCCCUACUGCGGCUCGUUCCAGCCGCCCCCCGAGUCCGGUCUCGCGCCGUCCCAUAACGAUUGGGCGGAUGAUGUUACCGUGAACCCCCCGGUGAACAACCAGACGGUGUUCGAGUGCAAGUACGAGAUCGACUCGUUGUGCGGCUUCCUCAAGCUUUCGCGCGGAUACUAUGAUGCCACGAAGGACGGGUCGUUCAUGGACUCGCAAUGGUACGACGCGGUGGACCAGAUCUUCCGCGUGAUCAACGAGCAGUCGCAAGCCACAUUUGACGACAACUUCAACUGGAUUUCGUACUACAACUGGACGGGCCAACCGCGGGCGCUGCCACCGCAGGUCGCCAACCGUGGGAACGGCGAGCCCAAGGGGUACACCGGCAUGGUGGGCACGCACCACCGGCCCUCGGACGACCUCUCCACCUUCGCGUUCCUCACGCCCGCCAACGCGAUGCUCGCCGUCGAGCUCAACAACUUGGCCAGCAUCCUCAGCGCGUCGGGCCAGGCGAAGACCGCGCGCGGGCAGGGCAUUGCUAAGCAGGCAGGGACGUGGAGCAAGCGGACACGUGACGCGGUGUGGAAGCACACGCUGCUGAAUAAUGUCUUCGCGUACGAGACGAACGGGCUGGGUGCGCGAUAUGAGAUGGACGACGCGAACGUGCCGUCGCUGCUGUCGCUGCCGUACCUCGGCUUCCUCGAGCGUGAUGAUCCGGCGUAUGUGGCCACGCGGAAGAAGCUGCUCUCGCGCCAGAACCCGUACUACGCGGAGGGGAAGAGCUUCCGCGGCAUCGGCGGCCCGCACGUGGACGUCGUGCACCCCUGGCCCAUGUCCCAGAUCAGCGCCAUCUACGGCACGGACAGCGACACCGAGAUCCUCACCUCGCUGUACCUCAUCGCGAACAACACGGUGGGGCUCGGGCUGAUCCACGAGUCGCAGUCGGUCGUCGACCCGUCGCAGUACACGCGCCCGUGGUUCGCGUGGGCGAACAGCUACUUUGGCGAGAUGCUCCUCGACCUCGCGCGCCGCAAGCCGCACCUGAUAUUCAAGGACGGCAAGCCGUAUGUCCCCGGGCAGUGA